AUGAAUAUUGUAGCAGGAGGUUAUUCAAGAGAUUCGGAUUUGACUUCAUAUACUACAGAUAUGCCUAUUUUGGUAUUUUUUGAUAAAGCUGCUGGAUUAUUAUGGGCUUCUACAAUUAUUCCCUCUCCUUAAUAUUUUACAACUUUUUAACAAGUUUAAGCAGUAGAAUUAUUAGAAGGUGAUAAGUUUUCAAUAGUUGUUUUAAAUACAUUUAGCAAUCCACCUUCUUCAACUAUAGCAAUAUCAAUGAUUGAUAAUUAAGAUGGCUCUAUAAUUGCUAAUAUUAUUGAUAAUUCAGGACCACACUGGGGUUGGUCUAACAAUGAUAACAUAUUAAUAAUAGAUGAUAACACAUUCUUAAUUGCUUUUCAAGGGAUGGAAGGUGGGCUUGCUUUAAUCAAAUUCAGCUUUUCAAAUCCAACUCUAACAUGUACUUUAUCAAGAGUUUAUGAUUAUAAUGGAUUUUAGCCUGUAUCUAUGAUAAGUGAUAAUUUAAAGCAUAUUUAUAUAUCAGGCUAUACAUCAUCAUCUAUGGAUUGGGGGCUGAUGGAUAUGAAUACACUAAACUUUCACACAUAUAUAACAUCAAAUCAAGGCAGUAAUAGCAGACAUAUCAGAAGAUAAGCAUUUGUAAAAGAUGGUGAUAAGCAUAUGAUAGGCUGCUUUGAAAGUACUACAUAUGGAUUCAUCAGAAUAUCUUAUGAUGAUUUAAAUCCAACAAAUAUGACUAGUUUUACAUCUUACUAAUCAAGCGAUUCAGGAUACUGUGCAGGAUUAGUAGCUAUAAAUAAAGAUAGAGCUAUUGGACUCAUUUUAAGAGGUUCUUAUGUGCUCUGA